AUGGAAAACACCUUUCUUCAGCAACACAGAGAGAAAGAAGAGUUCAAUCAGUUCUGGUACUCAUCCAGGACCAUCAACGCCCUUGUAGACGAGACUGAAGACCUACAUUUACAAGGUUUUACAAAAAUCGCCUGCCUGUCGACACCUUCACUGUACUUUUCACUGACUGAAAAGUCUAAGGAAAACUCGCGUCUUUUUGAAAUCGACCGGUCGUUUCAAAGAGACAAAGGGUUUGUUUUCUAUGAUUUUAAUCAUAGCGAGGAGCUUGACCCAGCCCUUGAAAAAUCCUUUGACGUUGUAGUAGUCGAUCCUCCCUUUAUUACACGUGAAGUAUGGGAGAAGUAUUCUAGAGCAGUGAAAUUCCUACUUAAAGACGGGGGAAAGAUCAUUGUGAGCUCUGUUGAUGAAAAUGCUCCAAUGCUGGAUGAGUUGUUGAAGGUAAAAAGACAAGCUUUUAAGCCUUCAAUUCCCCAUUUGGUUUAUCAGUAUUCAUUUUUCACUAACUCCCCCCCCCCUCCCGUGAGCGAACAAAACCAUUAGAAAAAUCGCCAUUUUUUGACCAAAAACCCACCCUCCGUGAGUGAACAAAAAUUUUUUUAAUAGAAAAAAUUUUUAAUGGAAAAAAAUUUUGAUAUAUAAGUGAUAAUUAGUAUAAUGAAAUCUAGAGCUAAUUCUGUUUAAUUUUAAACAAAUUACGUUUUAAAACAUAAAUUUUGCAAAUUAAAUUAAUAUUUGCUUCCCAAUUUUUGCAAAUUAGGAUUUUUUUAAAUUUCGAAAAAAAUAUUUUUUAUAAAAUUUAUAUAUAAAUUUUUUUUAAAAAAAAAAAUUAACCCCCCUCCGUGAGCGAACAAAAUUUUUUUGUUCGCUCACGGAGGGGGGGGGGGGGAGUAAUUACAACUCUUCAAGAUUUUCACAAAAGAAUUCAGAAAUUCCUGAAGAGGAGGAUGAAGAUUAUUAUUAA